UAGUUGGCUCCGCCAUUUUUUCGACGUCUCUCGUUGCUAACCGCAGCGUUUCCUGGAUACCCGCUCCGCUCGACCACGCGAACGGAGCUUCCUAGUGUUGCGUGGACGUGCAGCGAAACGGUCGAGCCGCGCAAGGCGCGUGGAAGAGCACGGGGGACGUUGCCAGGCUCCAAGAUGAAACCAGACUGCUGCGACAUGAUGUUGACCAGAGUAAGGUGGUCUGCUGCUUGAGAGGAGCUGCUCUGAGAUUGCAGCAUCACUGUUCUGAUACAAGAGCGGAGAAGCUGAAAUCAGCCAGAACAAGAAAGAGGCUGCAAUUCAACAAUGUACAAAGACUACAGACCAAGUCGAGCCACAGGUGUCACAGUGUGCUCCGGCUUCAUAUGCCAGUGUAUAUCAUGCGAAGCGGAGAGAAAUUUGUAAAUGCUCAACGAGAUAUUCUACUGUUCGCAUUGUCUGGAAAUGUCAUCAGAGCAUCAGGGAAUAGAUUAACCUUUACCAAACUUCUACUGACUCAACGCUUUGCCCUUUGAUCCAGCAACCAACAACGACCCCCUCCAGUUCAGCAGCUCCACUGGACCGCUGGUGACCGAGUGCCCUCUGGAAAGCUCCCCCGAGAACAGCAAGAAGAGGAAGAGAGCCAGCCUGCCUCCAGAGGGGAUUUGUAACAUGACAAUGGACUCCAACUCCAUCACCAUGCCGAUGUCAGACCCCAACGCCUGGGCGACAGCCAUGAACAACCUGGGGAUGCCUCCCAUGGGUCUGACUGGACAGCCACUCAUGCCAGAUUUUGACCCCAGCCUCGGCAUGAUGGCUGGAAUCACCCCCAUCAACCCCAUGAUGCCCGGCCUCGGCAUGGUGCCGGCGCCGCUCUCCCAGGAUUUACCCGUUGUCAAAGAGAUCAUCCACUGCAAGAGCUGCACCCUGUUCCCCCCGAACCCCAAUCUUCCGCCUCCGGCUACGAGGGAUCGCCCCCCGGGGUGCAAGACGGUGUUUGUGGGCGGUCUGCCGGAGAACGCCACCGAGCAGCUCAUCAUGGAGGUGUUUGGGCAGUGUGGCGACAUCACCGCCAUACGCAAGAGCAAGAAGAACUUCUGCCACAUCCGCUUCGCUGAGGAGUUCACGGUGGACAAGGCUCUUUUCCUGUCAGGGUACCGCGUCCGUCUGGGCUCCAGCACAGACAAGAAGGACACGGGCCGCCUGCACGUGGACUUCGCCCAGGCCCGGGACGACCUGUACGAGUGGGAGUGUCGCCAGCGCAUGCUGGCCCGGGAGGAGCGGCACCGGCGCAAGAUGGAGGAGGACCGUCUGCGGCCGCCGUCGCCGCCCCCCAUCGUCCACUACUCGGAGCACGAGUGCGGCCAGCUGGGCGACAAGAUCAAAGACGAUGGCAAGUUCCCGGAGGCGGUGCGCGUGCUUUUAACCUGGCUCGAGCGAGGUGAGGUCAACCGCAGGAACGCCAACAACUUCUACUCGAUGAUCCAGUCCUCAAACAGCCACAUCCGCCGGCUGAUGAGCGAGAAGAGUCAGCACGAGAAGGACAUGGAGGAGGCCAAAGAGAAGUUCAAGACCGCUCUGGCUGGAAUCCUCGCCCAAUUUGAACAGAUUGUGUCUGUAUUCCAAGCCGCUUCCAAACAAAAGGCAUGGGACCAUUUCUCCAAAGCUCAGCGCAAGAACCUGGACAUGUGGCGCAAACAAGCAGAGGAGAUUAGGAACAUGCACAACGAGCAGCUGAUGGGCAUCAGACGAGAGGAGGAGAUGGAGAUGUCGGACGACGACAUGGAGGACGUGCCCGACACCAAGGACUCGGAGGACUCGGGCGUCUCCCAAGCGGAGGCCUUGCGGGAGGAGAACGACUCCCUGCGCUGCCAGCUGGACGCCUACAGGAACGAGAUGGAGCUGCUCAGGCAGGAGCAGGGCAAGAACCAGCCCAUGAGGAGCGAGGAGGACAACACGCACUCCCAGCAGCUCAGCUUCCUGCAGCAGGCCCUGCAGGGCAUGCAGAAGCAACUCUUAAAAAUGAGAGAAGAAUUAAAACAGCGGGAGGCCGAGCUGGAGAAGAGUCUGGACGACAAGCUGCAGCUGAAGAACCAAGUCCAGACCCUGAAAGAAGGUCUCCAUAACCUGCAAAGCUCGCGCCUCGUGCAGCUGGAGAUGUCAAAGCAAGAUGACAGUGGCAGCGAGGAGAGCCCUAAUCAAAGCAGCGAAGCCAAAGGAUCGACGGGGAUGUCGUGCAGUCAGGAGAAGGAAGGUCCUACAGAGAAGAGUCCACAGAGCCCGGUCCACUCUGAGAGGGAGGCUCUGCUAGUUGGGAUCAUCUCCACCUUCCUGCACGUGCACCCGUUCGGCGCCAGCAUAGAGUACAUCUGCUCCUACCUGCAGCGGCUGGACACCAAGAUUAACCCCAGCGAGGUGGAGGCGCUGCUUUCACGGCUGCCGUGCACCUUCAGACAGGAGCUGACCGGCGUCGGCGCCAGUCUGGAGAAGCGCUGGAACUUCUGCGGCUUCCAGGGCAUCAAGAGCACGUAGGCUCCGCUCCAGAGGUGGCAGGAAGACAAGCCAACACAGGGACCCUGUGGAGAUGUGAGGGAAACGCCAUGACGCCUGCAGACAUCAGAGCGGGUGGACUGGAGCCGAGCGCACGAGGACAGCGAGCACGAGCGCGACUCUGGCUUCAGCAGGAGCGGAAUGAGCGUUUCAGGGCCUCGUGUAGGCGGCAGACACACAAACAGACCAUUUCUACGGUUGCGUGAAUGUUGACACCAAACCACAGCGAAGUCUCCACGAGGUUGAACUCGGAUUCUCUCUGUCGCGGAAACAUUUUUCAACGGACGAGCACUGAUUGCUACAGUCACUGGACCAUUAUGUAGUCACGACCCACGCGGGCAGGUCUGUGUCGGCCUGAGCUGCGUCAGGGUCCAACCGAACUCCUCAAACCUCCAGAACCCUGACUUCUCUUUUUGCUGUUCCUGGUUUGUAACAUAGAUCAAAUGGAUAUAUUUCUUCAUGUUCUGUAAAGCCUGUUAACAGUUGCAUAGAAUCAUUUGUUGUAAUACACUGUAAAUGCCCAAUGAUAUUUUUGAAUAUAAAAAAGACAUUUGAUUAUAUAAAGAGCUUUGACUUCAUUUCUGUGCGGCUGUUUGGAGAGUGACACAGCAAAACAAGUGUGUGACCUCCACGCUCGCAGGUCUGUGUCCACUCUUGCUUAAAGGCCUUUGCUUUUCCACGUCUGUCUUUCUUUCUUUCUUUCCUUCUGUCUUACAGUAGCCGUGCUGGAGGCUGGGUUUGAGACCUUAAGGGCCUUUGUGUCUCCGUAAAGCCAAUUAAGCCUCGCUGAAGGAACAGUGCGGCAGCGUCGCAUUUAAGCAGGAAACACACCUAGGGGAUCGUGUUAAUGAUGUUUAAUUGGUGAGACAGUUGGUGUGUGCACAGCUCCUGGCGCCGUGUUUGUGCGCCGCUCGCCUGGAUCCAUAUAUUAAGCGCUUACAUAACCCUCUGCACAGGGACUUUUCCUCUCCACCUUCGCAGGGUACGAGCUCCCGCUGUCGGGACCGGAGGUUCCUCCCGAAAGCCCAGUCGAGAACCGCUAACGCGCCUCCGCUGGGCUGUUUGGCGGCGCUCUCUCCUCGUUGCUCUGGGAAACCAGCCUUUAUUAUUACACAUGAUUUGCUCUCAUCAGCCUCUUCUGUCUCCUGCAGACGCUCCCUUUUGAAAAAUCAGCGCUCACGCACUCGUCACUGCACCCAGUCAAUGAAAGGGAAUGAGGGUGUUUUGUCAAUAGACGUGAUCCAUUGUGCGUCGCAUUGUGGGGUCGGCGGACUCUGAGGGCGCGUUCAGUCAACCAGGCCGAACCAGUACCAGAACCAGAGUUCACAGUCGGCCUCAUUGGACUAAUCCUGUCCGCUCUUUAUCACUGGGAACACUUUGUAAAAGCUACCGAUUCAGAGAGUCACAUUUUGCCCUUUUGUCAAAUCAAACGAAGCUCGUCCGGCGCUUCUUCGCUUUUAGGACAUGAUGCUCUAAGUAUAAUUCUGGGCUCUGCCUGCCUGAUCACACACUUGGCUGUUUGCGCUGCGCUUCGCUUCCCCUCCGCGCUUUCAGACUCAAUCUCGGCACCACAUCCCCGAUCGCAGGCGCCUCACCUCUCAAUCAUUAGGUCUCCCCCUUUCUCUCUCUGACACGAACAAAACUCUAAUACGCUGCCUUCUUUUCUUUCAGAAGCGGCUUUCUGUCGAGCGCUUCCUCCCGACUGAGUUGCCAUUUCUUCACACUGAUAGACCGGAGGCAGACGCAAUUUAUCUCCUUUACAGCUGUUAGUGUGCGAGCGUGCGCGCGUGCGAUGCUGCAUCGGGUUCUCCGGCAUCACACGAGGAGGUAAACACAGACUAAUUAAAUCCACCAACAGUCCCUGCUGAACGCUCCCUGCUCUCCGCUCACUGUUGUCUUCUCGGCGCUGGCACUCGCUGAGAAGCCUCUUCAUUAAAUCAAGGUGGAGGCAAGUGAAAGCUAGUCAAGGGUGCGAUUCGCCUCCAAUGCGGUGACGGUGACGAGUCGUAUGAUGUCAAGACGUGACGUCAAGCCUGAGCAAAUACUUAAUAAUACUACGCUCAUGGGAUUAGUGGGAAUGAUUUCCUCACGCCUAGGAUAUAAUUAGAUGUGAGGCGGUGCCCUGGUUCUUUUGGGUCAUAUCAUGACACUAAGAUGUAAGUAAUUACCUUUUCUGCUCAUGUUGUGUCCUGAAGGCAUCCUCAUCUACCCAAUUAUGGUUCUGGCCUCUCCUGAGUGAGCAGGUUCUGGUUGUGUAUGCAGCAAAUUUAGUGUUGGAGAAGCAGAGGGUCCGGUCCACGUAGUUCAUGGGCCGACACCAGAACAACCAGAUAUCCGGAUGCAAAAGGCCUGUUGACAGCAGGCAGCGAGUCAACAGCUCCUCCUAUCGAGCGCGAGGGCAGCUACAGCUCCGAAGGGGAUGUUUCAGCCCGUGGCCCGUCACCGGGGGACGUGUCCAUGCAGGUGUCUCUCUGACUAAAAGCUCCACGGUCUCAUUCAUUUACGUUUGCAUAAAAGCGGCUAAAAGUGCAGAGAUGCAGCUCCGCUCCCGAGGGAACCGCCUGCAGGCCUUUGGAAUGACAUGCUGGAAGCCAAAAACGAUGCAAUAUUAAAGCCUGAACUAAAGACUUAGUGAUUUCCUGGAGGAUUGUUAGUCUGGCAGAUGCUCAUCAUAUUUCGUACAGUACUUUUUGUCCGUGUUCAGCUUUCAGCCUGUAUGAAUGGCAUAUGUUGGAAUAAUUGCCCUGCGCUGAGUCUGCUGGUGAACGCCCAGCAGGUGUGUGCACACGCUCCAACGCCGCCGCAUCAAACCCCACCCUCCCACAGGUGAAGAGGUGGAAGACUCUGCUUUGGCAAAACCACUCGCGGGAUCUUCAAAUGUUUGCUGUUUAGCACCAGUCAGAACAGUGGGGCUCAGCAGAGCUUCGUCAGCGAGAGGGCGGAACCCAUGAGUCCAAUCACGGCGUUUGAUCGGAACAGCUCGCGCCAGGUUCGAUGGGCCGGCGAGAGGCUCUCCUAAUGAGCGCUGGCCUCUCCUCACGCUGUUAUGAGUCGAGUGACCUUUAACAAAGAAGAAUUGCUUUGCACCAGCGGCAAUUAUCUGCACAGUGGAAACUUAUUUCAGAGAAUCUGAUUUUUUCGAUAGUGAACCAGAAGUGAUCGUGGCUCUGCCCCAGACGCUGAUGUUAAGUAUCUGUGAGGUGGCAGCAGGCAGAGCUUCCUCCUGUGGUGUUUCCUAUUAAACGAUUUUCAUUAGGUUCUUGUUAAAGUGCAGAUGCCCGAGUGUCUGCAGGGAUGCCCUGCACCGUACGACUCUGGCAGCUCUACUUUGUGCUUCAGCCUAAAGGGAAAAUCCAUAUCAAGGUCGGGCAGCAGCAAAUAAUAUGCUGUAUGUUUUCAUAAGGACUGAUGGUGAUGGACAGUUGGUUGAUUGGUUGUUUAGACAGCACCAUUGUUAGGGAAAUUGUUAGUUCCCUUUGUAAAUCUGAAAUAAAGCAGACACAAUCAGUUGA